CAACAACCAAAGAUACCCUUACUAACCACGCAGCAUUCCACCAUGGCUGACGACGAUAAAUACGACGUUCUUGAAAAGAUUGGCCAGGGCUCCUUUGGCAUCAUCCGUAAGGUGCGCAGGAAGACUGAUAACUAUGUCCUCUGCCGCAAGGAAAUCAGCUACUCGCGCAUGUCGCAAAAGGAAAAGGAACAGCUCCAGGCCGAGCUAUCCAUCCUAAAGGAACUGCGUCAUCCCAACAUCGUCGCCUACAUCGACAAAAUCCAUCUCAAGGCUACUCAUGACCUACACGUUUACAUGGAAUACUGCGGCAAUGGCGAUCUGGGUCAAGUCAUCAAGAAGCUCAAGACCAAGAGGCAAUACGCCGACGAGGAGUUUGUUUGGAGCAUCUUCGCCCAACUCGUCACCGCACUUUACAGAUGCCAUUAUGGUCAGGACGCACCCGAGGCUGGCAAGAAUGUCAUGGGAUUGGGAAAUGAUGCCGUUCCGAUGCGCGAAAAGCAGAAGCAGCUGAUGAUUCUGCACCGAGACUUGAAGCCUGAAAAUGUCUUCCUCGGCGCGGACAAUUCGGUCAAACUCGGUGACUUUGGUCUGUCCAAAAUCCUCCAAUCUCACGAUUUCGCCUCAACCUACGUCGGCACUCCCUACUACAUGUCGCCCGAAAUUUGUAUGUCGGAAAAGUACACGCUCUACUCCGAUAUCUGGGCACUUGGCUGCAUCAUGUACGAACUAUGCACUUGGCGGCCACCAUUCGACGCAAAGACCCAUUACGACCUCAUUCAAAAGAUUCGCCUUGGCCGUUUCGACCCACUUCCCGCCGUAUAUUCGCCCGAGCUGAGAAAGGUGGUGGACAGCUGUCUUCAGGUCAAUCCUACCAGGAGACCGGAGACGGCUCAACUGAUGAACUUGCCAAUUGUCAAAUUGAUGAGGAAGGAACAAGAGGUUGUUCAAUUGGGUCAACAAUUGAAGAAGGAAAAGGACUUGGCCAAACAAAUGACCAAGGAGAUGACUGAGAAGAUGGUCGAGAUGGAAAAAGAAAAAGAGGCCAUUCGUAUCGCCGUUGACGCACAAGUCCGGCGUGAGUGGGAAGUCAAGGCGCGCUUGGAAAUCGACCGCCAAGUCCAGCUGGAAUUAGAGAAGCUGCUCGCUCGCCGCUCCGAACUGGAAGUUGCCCAGCGUCUGCACGCCAUCAAGCUCAACACCAAUGCGCCUGCAGUCGCGCCCGUUGCGCCCGCUGCGCCCGUUGCGCCAGUUGCCCCCGCACUCAACUUGUCCGCAGUCAACUUGCCCAUCGCCAACUUGUCCACCACAAGCCACAUCGAGAGUUCCACCCCAUUGAUGGAGGCCGAGCUCCACCCUAACUCCAGCACGAGCACCCUCGGCGAGUCCUCCGAAUUCCCUUCUCAGACGGACAUUUCUUCAUUCGACCUCGAAUCUCCCGUCCAGCAGGUCCCUCAACCCCAGCCCAAGCCCAAGGCGGCCACCCCCGCAAAGGCACGGCCAGCUAGGACAGGUUUCCAGCGUGCGCAUACCACGGCCUUCAACGAGUACGCACCGUCUCCCAUGGACAUUCACAUGUCCGACCAAUCUCCCAUUUCUCUGGCUGGAUUGUCCCUAUCUCCUCGCCGCGAGACUGCCACCGCCGAACCCAGGACGCGUCGCAACAUUUUCGCCAAGGCUGCCACUCGUUGGGAGCCGACCAACAUGUCGUCUCCGCCAGCUUCGCCGACGGCCGAGUUGCCCGCCUCUCCCAUUGCCGACAUAUCGGCCGAUGAUGAAGACGAUGAUAUACCCGCUUUACCCAGCCCCACGCGCGCUAGGAGCUCCAACGGCAUUCGCAAGUCCCCGGACAAUGACCCCUUCAAGGUUCUGGCCGCCCACGAGGGUCGCAACUCCAACAAGCCGGUCUUUGCCCGCCACAAUCAGAUCAAGCCACUACCGAACCGCAACCCCUCCGCGCCCGCGAAUGCGCGCUUUGCGAGCGGCCCGACGACGCGCCAGAGGCCCAGCAGCACCGUGCCCGUUGUCGCGACAUCUCCGGCGCGUCGCCGCAGCACCAAGAUCCCUGGCGUCGAAAGCCCCGGCCGCAAGACUUCAUCCAGCUCCGAUGGUGCCACUGGUACCAGCAGCUUGGACUUCUCACGCGAGACAGCAGCAUCGGCGCUGCGUAGCAAGAAGGGCAACAUGAACACGCUGCGCCAGCAGGCCGUGCACAACAACAAACUGGCGGGACGGACCUUGGUGGAGCUUGCGCAGGGCCGGGCUACGGCACCGUCUACGGGCUCGUCGUCGGACGAGGGCGAGAAUGCCAAGCCUGUUGGAAAGGGCACGAUCUCGUAUGCAAGCCAAGUCGCGAAGUGGGAGCUUGAAGACCCGGAUUGUCCGAGUCCAUUCCUGCGGAAGAAGACUGACGUUGUGGGGUUGAGGUAA